AAGAAUGAGCCAAAGUUAUGACCGGAAGUAUUUUUUUUUUCUGGCUCACGCUGUUGAGGAAACCUGCAGUUCAGACACAUUAGCUAUUUCCUCCUUGAGUCUGAAGGUAAACAAUUCCCUGAUAUCUGAGGAAGCGGGAUAUAAUUCAGAAACAGAUACAAGAGAUGAUUAAACAAGACACGGAAGAGUCUGCCACCCAGGGCAGUGAGGAUGCUCCACCUACAGCAGGAGGGAUGGAGUCACCUGCAGCUGCCAAAGACAGUUUGGACAGCAACAGCCCCAAAGAGUCUGAACCCCAGACGCCACAGACAGACACACCUCCACAAGACGACGAGGCGGGAAGUGAAGUUGCAGAGGCAACACUGUCUCAGUGUGACAUGGCUGAGGAGCUGAGCAGGCAGCUGGAGGACAUCCUCAGCACCUACUGUCGCAUUUCAGACGACGCCAGCACCCUGCCCAACGGCCAGUCACACAGCCCAGAGCUCAAUGGCCUAACUAAUGAGAGGGAGGACGGCAAGCCAGAGAAGGGAAAAGUCAAUGGAGCAAACAACGGGGUGGAGAAGGAGCAGAAGAAGACUCAGGAGAAGAAGAAAGUGAAGGGUCUGGGCAAAGAGAUCACUCUUCUCAUGCAGACUCUGAACACAUUGAGCACCCCAGAGGAAAAGCUUGGAGGCCUCUGUAAAAAGUAUGCUGAACUGCUGGAAGAGCACCGUAACACCCAGAAGCAGAUGCGAGUGCUGCAGAAGAAGCAGAACCAGCUGGUCCAGGAGAAAGACAACCUGAGGAACGAACACAGCAAGGCCAUCCUGGCUCGCAGCAAGCUGGAGAGUCUCUGCAGGGAGCUGCAGAGACACAAUCGCACACUCAAGGAGGAAGGAGUGCAAAGAACGCGUCUGGAGGAGGAGAAAAGGAAGGAAGUGACCUCCCAUUUCCAGGUGACACUGAACGACAUCCAGGCUCAGAUGGAGCAGCACAACGAGAGGAACGCCAGUCUUCGACAGGAGAACACGGAGCUGGCUGAGAAACUGAAGAAGCUCUAUGAACAGUACAAACUACGAGAAGAGCACAUAGACAAAGUGGUAAAGCACAAAGACCUGCAGCAGCAGCUGGUGGACGCCAAGCUGCACCAGGCUCAGGAGCUGCUGAAGGAGUCGGAGGAGCGCCACGACAGAGAGAAAGAAUUUCUGCUGAAAGAAGCAGUGGAGUCUCAAAGGAUGUGUGAGCUGAUGAAGCAGCAGGAAGUUCACCUCAAACAGCAGCUGUCACUGUACACAGAGAAGUUUGAAGAGUUUCAGACCACUUUGUCCAAGAGUAAUGAGGUCUUCACCACGUUCAAACAGGAGAUGGAGAAGAUGACUAAAAAGAUCAAAAAGCUGGAGAAGGAGACGGCCAUGUAUCGGUCCAGGUGGGAGAGCAGCAACAAGGCUCUUCUAGAGAUGUCAGAGGAGAAAUCUGUGCGAGACCGUGAGUUUGAGGCACUUCAGGGUAAAGUCCAGCGGCUCGAGAAGCUGCGGCGGGCACUAAAAGUGGAACGCAACGAGCUCAACAAGAAGGUUCAGAACCUCAGUGACCCGCACAGUGGCACCGCAGGAGCCCCCACCUCCGACCCAGGGACUGACUCCCCCUCUCCGCCACCUACAGACUCUUUGCUGGAGCCCAGCAGCCACCCUGUCCCAGACACCGCCCCCUGCUCCCAGUCCUGCCACUGUGACCCAGAACUGGAGACAGACACCCUACUAGAAGGGGCAAAAGCUCAGCCCAUCGCUGCACAGGAAUGAAGCAAUGCUGCUCACAGUCUCCUCUUUCCCCUCCAGCAUCAAGCCACCAGCCUGCAAGCCACUACUCCUCUGCUGGAUGAAGCGGAUGUUAAACACUGGUCCAGAAGCAGAUCAGAUAGCAAGGUUACUUUGUGUCCUCCCAGCAUGCUCUGCAGGCUUUAUAAUGGUGAUGAGAAGCCUCAUCUGUCAGUACAUUUACAUGCACACCAUAACUCAAUAACUGUGACUAACCUGAUUCAGGUAAUAGUUUGAUUAAAGCAUUUACGUGGUUCGCAAUAACCUAAUUUCCCCAAUAAUCAUAAUCAUAAUUUACAUGAUUAAUUUAUUAGUCUGGUUCAUUUUCCACAGGCAGCCUACAGGAAACGUCUUAUUAGCAUCACAAAGUAGAGGAGGAAAGUUAGGGGAUUCUUUUUGGUGUUUGUUUUUCAAGUUUAUUAGUCGUAAAAUUACCCCAUUUUUGGUGACACUCCAAAAACACUACACAUGAUGCAUGUUUGUGUAUAGAAACAUGGCUUUCAGUCCACAACCUCUCUGGCAUAUGCACUGAACCAAAACACUGAAAGAAAUCAAACUUGAGGUGUAUACAUAUCACAGUAAUUAAAGAGAUAGUUGUUAUCCAGCUUCAUUACGCUUUCUCCAACUUACACCUUAACUAAGACGACCCUGUUUACGUGAUGAUAGCUGCAACAAUCUGUAAUAACCUGAUUAUUAGUGUGCAUGUAAAUGCAGACUGCCUCUGUGUUGUGCUGUUUUACUACACAUUGCCUUUUUGACUUGCAUCAAACAGAACUGCUUGGCAAGAUAAAUAACAGUGCUGCUUGAGAUGACACAAGACAAACAGGUAAAUGGCAAGAGGAGUCAUCAGAGGUUGAAUUGUGUGUGUGUGUGUGUGUGUGUGUGUGUGUGUGUGUGUGUGUGUGUGUGUGUGUGUUGGCUUGCAGUAUCCUAAAGGCCACUAAAAUAGUAACUUAAUGUUUUUCUUUCAGGUGAAGUCUUAACAGAACUAAUCAAAUUCUUAAAAAUAAUUCUAUAUAAUUAUUGGGGACAAUUCAAUAUAUAUAUAUAUUACAUAGCUCAGAUGUUAAGAACACUUCACAAUAUUUGUUUCACCAGAGUCUUCAGUUCUUGAAAGCAUUUUAGGAAAAUGUUUCUUAGCUUUCUUGUUUGCGUCACACUGCUUCAUUUGCGCAGGAUAUGAUUUUUGUAGUCUAUUUAUUGUUUAAAUCAUAAUCUCUGAUAUUGAAAUGUGUGUAUCUUACAGAGCACCACUAUAAAAUAAACCUGUUUAUUUUUUAUUAAUUUAGAAAUGAAUGAAGGUGUUACUUUCAUGACCAACUUUUCAUUCCUAAGCUUUCCCAACAGUUCAGUUGCUCUCAGCUACAUUUGUUUGACAUGUUUUUCAGUCUGCUUAUAACCUCGUAAUGACGACCACUUGAAACUUGUAUUACUCCAUCUUUGUGUGUGUGUGUGUGUGUGUGUGUGUGUGUGUGUGUGUGUGUGUGUGUGUGUGUGGUUUACGUGGCUGUGAUUGUCUCCUCCCAGCCCUGGUCAUUGCAGUAGCUUGUAAUCAGGUUUUAACUAUAGAAUGUUCGAGGAUCUCUAUGCAACGCUUGCCUCUUGGGUUUAUUCUGUGGCAGUCUGAACUGACAAGCACUUAGCUGAGAAUGUAUAUUCAUUAUAUCCACUGUCCUGCAUGGAUGUAUUGUAUUAACAGACAACAUAUCUCACAGCAGAACUCUGUUUUUGCUUAAGUUUGAACCCUGAUUAAUUGCCUCUCAACUGUUGUUUGACAUUGAACGUAAUACUGUGCAUCACCCCAAUGCUUUUAAAAGGUGCAGUGACUGAGCAGAGUGGGAAUAAGGAGGGAAAAUGUUAUUGGACUUUUGAAUUGUAGUUUCACUCCCAAACAUGUCCAUUUGUUUUCACACAUUAUCAUGUACUACUUAAUAUGUAGCAUUGGUAACAAGGUGUCAACUUAUAGAAUCAGUCAUUUUCUACUUCAAUAGAAAUGGCAAACCUAAUUACUUCCAUUGUCUCACAGGACAGAUUCAUUGUACCUCCGGUCCUGUGGUGGAUGUGGGGGUUCACUGACCAUGAGAAGGAACCAAAGAUGUUUCCUUUUUUGUCUUUUGCAGUACUUUUAUCUGGUUCUGUAUAUUUUGUUUCUUGUUAAAUAAAAGAUGUAACAGUGUA